AUGAAACGGCGCGCACCAUCUCAGCCUGUGUUUGAGAGCAAACAGCCCUUUUUGGAAAUUGAGAAGGUAAAGGCAUCGUUCAAUUCGAAAAUAUGGGACGAUUCGUAUCGCGAGCAGCUGCGGGAGGAGGUCGCCAGUAACAAGCCCUACAACUGGGGCACAAUCCACGACCUUGUGGACCCAGAUCUCCUGCGCUCUGUGCGCCGAGAAAUCGAGAAGGAAAUCCACUUCACCAACAAGGAAACGGACAUCUACAAGGUGAACCAGAGCGGGGACCUUGCGAAUCUGUCGGGCCUCGACUGGAAGGACCUGUCGCGGCUACCCAGCCUCUGUCGUCUGCGGCAGAUCCUGUACUCGGACGUUUACCGGGACUUCAUCGGAUAUGUUGCCGGUGCGGGCAAGCUGUCCGGGACUAAGAUGGACAUGAGUAUUAAUACAUACACCAAGGGCUGCCACCUGUUGACACACGACGAUGUGAUUGGCUCGCGGCGGGUCAGUUUUAUUCUCUACUUGCCAGACCCUGACAAGACCUGGAAGGAGCACUAUGGUGGGGCGCUGCGACUCUUCCCCAGUAUCAUUCCGAAUGUGCCCACAAGUGACUUCAGCGCUAAACUCGUUCCGCAGUUUAACCAGCUAGCUUUCUUCCACGUGCAGCCAGGCUACUCCUUCCAUGAUGUGGAGGAGGUGAAGGUGGACAAGCACCGGCUCUCUAUCCAGGGUUGGUACCAUAUCCCGCAGGAGGGCGAGGAAGGCUUUGUCCCAGGCGAGGAAGAACAGUACGUGAACACGAACAUAAGCACUCUGGCACAGCUCGAGUCGAAUCUACUGCAGGACUACGAGUUUCCUAAGAGCGAGCGGAGCAUCCUGCCUCUACAGCAGUUGAAGCAGUUGGAAAAGUUCCUGGGCAGCGAGUCGGAAGAUACUGCUUCUUACUUGAAUGCUGAUGAGCUGGCAUACUUGUCCAUGUACAUAUCAGAAGAGCACUUGUCGUUGGAGGGGAUCAAGAGCCUACAGUCCAAGUUUACAGAGAACUCAUAUCUGCAAAUCGACUCUUUCUUGAAUGAGCAGAAGUCCGCUCUAUUGAAGAAGCUCAUAAAGAUCGAAGAACUUGAAAAGGAAUGCCCUUACAAAGCUGCAGAGGUGGAAAAGCCAUGGAAGACUGCAAUCCCUCCUUACAAGUGGCGGUUUAUGUACAUAGACGGCAAGUCACACGAACAUUUCUGUUCUGAGGAUGACAUAAAACGGCGCUUAGUGCAUGAGGAAUUGCCAAACUUCACGCUGCUGAAACAGGGACUCUCAGACCACCUUUCUGUCGAGCCAGCGCUGCUGGAGUUGGUAGAGUUUUUUAAGAGCUUUGCUUUCAAGAAGUACCUGGCACUAUUGACACUUCUAUGCCCGCUGACAGAGCAACUUUUGAUCCGCAGAUUCCGGCCAGGCCACGAUUUUACUUUGGCGACCAAGAUAUACCCCAGCCAAUUACUGCAACAUGUGGAAGGCUUUGUAGACGCAGUUCUAGAAGGUGUUCUGUGCCUAACUCCUACAGAUGGGUGGGAGUCCGGGGAGCUGGGCGGUUAUGAGCUGUACAUGGGGGACCAAGAUGACGAAGACAUGAACAAAGACGUUGAGGAUGCUGCUGUCUACAGAUCCGACGACAGCGGUAGCUCUGUUCUUAUCAACAAGCCUGCCUCCUGGAAUUCCUUCAAUUUGGUAUUGCGGGACGAGAGUGUGCUGCAGUUUGUCAAAUAUGUAAGCUGGGCCGCCAAGUCCAGCAGGUGGGAUAUCUCCAUGAAUUGGGACGUCAAAUCUUUCGAAAACGACCCUAACAGCAAUGAAGAGAAAGAUUAG